AUGCUCAGCCUAAGGCUGGGAAAUAUGUAUCUCUAUUCGUCGUCUAGAGGCGCACUUAUGCACUAGGUAGUCGAUUUGUCUGUGAAUGUCAAGCUAAGACCUAAAAGAAGUGAAAAUGGCGAGGAUACGUACGACUCCGAUCGCGAGCUUCGCGAAGGAUCGGUUUGUUCGCGCACGCGUGCCUCGCGUCGGGCCCGCGGAUCACUCUUCAAGCGGAGGCGAGGAGAAUACCGCGUCGGCUGAAGGUUCGGAUCGGAGCAUCGAUGAUCGAUCGGACGGAGAUGAAACGCAUCAGGGAGAUGAAACUCACGGAGUUGAAACGUACGGAGAGGACGAAGUUAGUCAAAAGGAUUCCGCGGAAAUUAGAGAAUCGCCUUCAGAGCGGGACGAUCCCGAGGCCGCGGAUCGGAUCCCGCGCAAGAGGAAGAGGAUAGCGGGAGUGACUGUAACGAGAACUCCGGAAGGAUCGUAUGGUGACUAUAACGAGGGUUCGCCAGAGAGAGGGAGGUCGGGGGGUCAGUCCCUAUUCGUCCCGCGGAAAAGGCAGAGAACGCGGCGGAUCCGAAAUGGGGGCGGAACGAACGGCGGAGGGGCAAGUGGCAGCGGCAGAGGGGGGAGAGAGCGGAGGCCGAGUGGGAAGAAAAAGGAGGAGGGGGAUAGCGAGGAGGAAUCGGAGGGGAAGGGGAGGAGAAGGGAGAGGAAAACGAGGAAACUGCUGAACUACAGUGACAAUGAGGAAAAUGCUGCUGAUAGCGAGGAGGCCAGUAAGGGAGAUAGUGGAGGGGAGGAGCAAGAGGAAGAGGGGGGGGCUGCCAGCCCGAUUCAGGGGGGAGAGGGAGAAGGGGCGUCUGGAGCGGCAGCAGGAGUGAAAGCAGGCGGCGCAACACUGGUGGCGUCGCCAGCACCAAAGAAAAAGGGGACGCAGUCCCACAGGGAAGGGUGCCCGUGCGUGGUGUGCGAGGGGAUUCGUCGCAAGGAAAGGCGCACCCUUGAGUUUGGGAGGGAGAUCUCUAAGAAGGAGCUUGACCAGUGGAGGAGGAAGGAGAGGAAGGAAAAGGAGACGCAGAGGAGGAGGGAGGCAGAGGAGGAGAGGAGGAGGAGGGAGGAGGAGGAGGAGGAGAAGAAGAGAGAGGAGGAACAUGAGAGGAGGAGGGAGGAGAGAGAGAGGAGGAGGGAGGAGAGUGAGGAGGAGCAAGGGGAGGGGGAAGGGGCAAGAAGGGGGAAGGGGAGGAGGAUGAGGAGGAGGAGGAUGAUGGGGGAAGACGCUGAGGAGAAAGAGGAGGAGGAGGAGAGGAGGAGGAGGGAAGAGGAGGAGGAGGACGACGAGGAGACUGAAGAGGAGGAGAGGGAGGAGGAAGAAGAAGAGGAGAGGGCAAAAGGCACAGUGGAGAUGGGGAGGGAGAAGGCGGAGAGGAGGGGAAGAAAGGGGAAGGGAUUCGAAGCAGCAAAGUCCAAGGCUUUCAAACAAGAGGUCACAACAAGAGGGGCUGCUAUCACCACGCCUGGUGCUGAAGCAGAAUCAAGCGGAGACACGGGUCGGGAGGGGGGUGAGGACAGGGAGGGGGAUGAGGAUGGGGAGGGAGAUGAGGAUGCGCGUGCAGAUGCAGAGACGGAUUCGGAGGAAGCAACGGAGUCAGAGCGGGAGGAGCUGGAGGGAGGAGAAGCAGGACUGGCUGCUGAGUCGGGUCAAAGGGUAGAAAGGUGGGCAGAGGGGGAGGAGUGGGAGGGAGAGGAGGGAGAAGCGAGUGAGGGUGGAGGAAUGGAAGGAGGGGAGGGAGGAGGGAGGAAGGGAGAGGAAGAAAAGGGAGGUGAAGAGGGGAAAGAGGAGAAAAAGGAAGAGGAGGAGGAUGAGGAGGAGACUGAGGAGGAGGAGACUGAGGAGGAGGAAGGAGAAGAAGAGGAAAGGGAAGCAUCUGGUACUGCUGCUACUGGCAACAAUGCUUUUGGCGUUCCUGGUGUUGCUGGUACUGCUGCUACUACUGCUACUGCUGCUGCUACAGCUGGUGCUGCUACAGUUGCUGAUGAUACAGGCACUAGCGAUGAGGCUACUGAGCUGGAUACAGAUGAUGAUGACGAGGAUGGUGCUGAGGUGGCAGGUGACGAUGCUGAGCAGGUGAUUUUGGAUGGUGGGGCUGCUGCUGACGUGUCCACACCCUCUGUUGAGCUGGCAGGGGAAGUGAGUGGAGAGGAUGUGACUGAAAUGAGGGAUAGAGAAGGGGAGGAGGAAGAGGUGAUGGAAGUGAGGGGAGGCGAGGGGCAGAUAGUGGAUUUGGAGGAGUGCGGCACCCAGGAGAUUCAAGGGACUGGCAUUCAAGAGGAGGAUGAAGGGGCGCAGGAGAUUCAAGAGGAGGGGGAGGAGGAUAAUGGCAUUCUUGAUGAUGGCGCCACUCAGCAGGUGGAGGAUGAGGAAGAGGAUGAUGAUGGGACUCAGGAGAUAAAGGACGAUGCAGAGGAGGGGGAGGAGGUGCAGGAGGGGGAGGAGGAGGGGGAGGAUGGUGGUGCGGGUGAGGAUGAGGAGGAGGAGGGGGAAGGGAAGGCGGGGGAGGAAGUGAGAGGGGAGGCAGGAGAGGAGGAGGAAGAAGCUCGGGAGGUGGAACAGGCUGCGGAGAGACAAGCGCAGGAGCCUCGACUGGUGGAAGGGCUUGCAGGAGGACCUGCGAAAGCGCCAUCGAGCAUUCCGAAGCGAUUCCUCAAGGAACUGAGGGAGCUUCGGGAAAUCAGCGGGAUUCCUGAGCCUGCUUUGGCCUCGGAUGUUGCUGAGCCUAUAGGAGGCAGGCGGGCUUGGACCGAGCCUGCAGCAGGCUCUGCGGCUCGGGGCUGGCCUGCUCCGAGUGUUCUCCGAGAUCCGACCUCCAUUGCCUACUAUGUGCCGACUGGACGUCCGCAUAUCCCAAAGCAAUUGCCCAAGGAUGUCAUAAGUAUAGGUGCUCGCUUGUUUGCCAACAGUCCAGGGGCGUUGAUGUGGCAGCAGCAAGCAAAUGCGGGAGAGGGAGGUUCGCUGAAAAAGAAAAGUGCUGCUGCGCUAGCUAGCUCGGGUUCUUUCUUUGUUGGUUUGUAGCUUGUCAGUCAUGACAUAUUGAUGGUGUGAUACAAUUUAGAAGCCUCAGUGCAUUUGUUGUCGUGCAUCUAAACGCAUUUGACG